UUUAGUGCAACCCGUAGCAAACAACUCCCUUGCUAUAGUCGUUAAUUAGUUUAGUUGUUUAAAGUUUUCAGGUGAGAAUCUCAUCAAGUUAUUUUUAUGCAGUGCAACCCGUAACAAACAAGUUGUUAUUCGACCAUAAUUGUAAACUUAUAACUUGUUUAGUUAAUUAAAGUUUUUAAGUGGAUUGGAGAUUAAAUCUUGUCUAUAUUACGCUACUAUGGAGUACUAUUUAUAGCGCGCUAUAUGUCAGCUAUGGAGUAAAAAAGUUUACUCAAAAUAUAAAGCAAGCAACUCCUUACUCCUUAGUCUUUAAGUUAGAGGAGAGAGAAAAUGGUGAAGAAAUAUUAUUUACACUAACAAUGGCGGUUUAUUGAGCUAACCUGAAGCUAAGGAAAAGUGGUCAGAAGAUAAAUUUAGCCUUAAAGGAGGUGCUAGUGAAGAUACAUUGCCAAAAUGAAGUUUGGAAAAGAGUACAAGCAGCAAAUGGUGCCCGAGUGGGUAGAGGCAUACAUGGAUUACAAUGGCUUAAAAAAGAUAUUACGGGAAAUCCGUCAGUCUCGAGUCCCUAGAACGCCACAAACACCUAUGAGAGCCUUACAGCAGAGAUUCUCAAUGUACAGCCCCUUUAGAGGGUCAGGCAUAGAGCUCAGUAAUCAGCGAAGUAGAGGGGAUAUUGAGGACCAAGCGAUAAAGGUCAGUCCCUAUCUAGGGGAAAGUAACAGGACAUUCUACAGGACUAAGCUUCUCUUUCCAACUGAAGAUACAGAUAGAGAGGAUGAGGUCAAGUUCUUCAAGAAACUUGACGAGGAGCUCAACAAGGUCAAUGCAUUCUAUCGAGAUAAGGUGGAUGAAGUUGUAAGAGAUGCAGCUGAGUUGAAUAAGCAAAUGGAUGCUUAUAUGGCAUUGCGAAUUAAGGUACAAAACCCAGGUGUUAAGAGGUCUGAUCCAGAAGUUCCUAUGGAACCCUUAAGAGCCAGAACUCAAGCAGAAGCACCCUCUUCAAGUGAAACUGGUGGCGGCAGGGAAAUUGUAAGUCCGACUAAUAAUGGAUCAGAUCUCUUGAAGGUCCUUAAUCAUGUCAAGAUUAAUAAUACACUUCAAGGUCCAAUAUCAGUGAUGCGAGGUCUUCUGCGAGAUUUCAAGGAUAAAGAGUUGAGUUUUAGCAAAGAGGAGUUGAAACAAGUUGAAGAGCGACUGAAAACUGCCUUUACAGAAUUUUAUCAGGAACUUAGGCUUCUCAGAAAUUACAGCUUUAUGAACCUCUCAGCAUUUGCCAAGAUCAUGAAGAAGUAUGAGAAGACAACCUCAAGGUCUGCAGCUCGAUCAUACAUGAAAAUCGUGGACAAGUCUUACCUGGGAAACUGUGAUGAGGUUACAAAACUCAUGGACGAUCUAGAACACUUAUUUAUAAAGCACUUCUUUAAUGCAAAUCGAAGGGAAGGCAUGAAGCCUCUGAGACCAAUAAAAAGAAGAGAAAAGCACAGAGUAACCUUUCUUUCAGGCUUCUUUUUUGGUUGCACUAUCGCACUUGUACUUGCCAUUAUUCUUAUGAUGCGGGCAAGAAAAAUUAUGGAGAAAGGACAAGAAGGCUCCAAUUACUUGAAUAAUAUGUUUGGACUUUACAGCUUAUUUUUGUAUAUAGUCCUGCAUAUGUUCAUGUAUGCGGGAGACAUAUACGUCUGGAAACGCUAUCGAGUCAAUUAUCCAUUUAUAUUCAAUUUCAAGCAGGGAACAGAUGUUGGUUAUCGAGAAGUAUUCCUUCUCAGCAAUGGUCUUGCAGUUCUUGCUCUUGCUGGCUUCUUAGCAAAUUCUAACAUAUUUAUUGGCUUGAGAGAGAGUGACAGCAAGAAUUAUGCCAAGUUGAUCCCCCUACUAGUGCUUUUGGUGUUUCUUGUUGUCACCUUCUGUCCUUUCAACAUCAUAUUUCGCUCAAGCCGAUUUUUUCUGAUCAAAUGUCUAUGUCGCUGCAUCUGUGCUCCCUUUUAUGAGGUCACACUUGCAGACUUUUUCUUGGCAGAUCAGCUAACCAGCCAGAUAUCGGCAAUAAGGAGUAUUGAGUUUUACAUAUGCUACUACAGCCGACAAGAUUUUCCUCAGGGACAAUCCAAGUGCCACAAGUAUGGAGUAUACAAUGCUUUCUAUUUUGUAAUUGCAAUCAUACCAUACUGGAUCCGUUGUUUCCAGUGUCUUCGUAGGUUGGUUCAAGAGAGAGAUUCUAUACAUGGAUACAAUGCACUGAAGUAUCUUAUGGCAAUAAUUGCUGUGGUUAUAAGAACGGUUUAUGAACUCAAGGGCGGAACACCUUGGUUGGUGAUGGCCCUAGUAACCUCUGCUAUGGCAGUGGGAUAUAAUACAUACUGGGAUAUUGUGGUUGACUGGGGGCUGAUGCGCCAGAAUUCCAAGAACUUCUUUUUGAGGGACAGAUUACUGGUUUCACACAAAAGUGUAUACUACGUUGCUAUGGUCAACAAUGUUCUUCUAAGAGCUGCUUGGCUUCAGCUUGUUUUAGAGUUUAAUGUCCCUGGUCUGCAAAAAACAGCAAUUUCAACCACGAUUUCUUGUCUGGAAAUAAUUCGUCGUGGCAUCUGGAACUUUUUUAGGUUGGAAAAUGAGCACGUAAACAAUGUGGGUAAAUUUAGAGCUUUCAGAUCUGUUCCACUGCCGUUCAAUUACCAUGAGAAACAUAAAGCUGAUGACACUGAUGAAGAUGAUGAUGAGAAGGAUGAUUAAGCAAUAUCUGAAUUCUGUCAAGUGUGAUGUAUACCACUAGGUGAUCAAUUGCAUUGAGGUCAAUUUGAGAUAUCUGGAAUCAUUUGGCUUCAAAACUGAUCAAUUGCAGACUAGGGGCUGGCGGGGGGGAACAACAACGACAUUGUCAAGAAACAAAAACAUGAAGUGUGGCAUUCCUCUACUUGGCUUAAGUUACAGGAAGCAUGCUGGUCUUAUUCACAGCUAGCUCAAAUAUCGUAGUUCCAAGAACCUGUUGCUUCCAUUCUGGUGCUCGGGUUGAGGUUGUGACUCGUGACAGAAGCACUUGUUCAGGACAGGAUUUUGUUUUUGUGUUAUGCUGUGUUUUAGAGCUGUUCAUCAGCAGUUGUAUUGCAAAUAUGCAACAUUGAUAAAUUUGAAAACCUAAACAAACAAUUAUUCUAUUGACAAAAGUUACUUCU